AUGAACUAUCUCCUCACCAUCAACCAUAUCUGCGAAAAACCAAACAAGUGUGACAUGUACCAAAACCGGCUACUAGAUCCAGCGGGCGCAUCUCUCGCCGCUACUAGCAGGAAGAGGAAGGGUGGGCCGCGAAUCAUAAACCGGCCUGCAAAGGGCAAUUACAAGAAACUCCUAUGGUUCAAACAGCCCUUUCCCGAUAACUACACAGAUGAAACGACAUUUCUUGAUCAUCUCCAGCGCAAUCCAAGAUUACAGCCCUACGAGUUCUGGUCGCUGAUGGGUGAUGCCACGGUUAUUGUGCAGCAUCUUGCGACAGUGGUCAUCUUUUGUUGCUGUUUUGUGGCCAUCAUUCACGACAGAGUAUCGCCUGUCGCAGUAGUGGGGUGGGCUACUUUGUGCACAGUUCUAGCCUGGUUCUUAUGGGAUCAUUGGAUGGGACAGGAGUUUGAGAUCGUCUCCAAUGUGGCAUCGACACCUGCUUCAGACUCAGACUCAGCUGCAAUCAAACCAUCAUCGGCACUUUCAGGACGUACUCAACAGCGCCUGGCGACUGCCAAAUCAGCGUUGCUGAUUUAUGCGGCUUUACUUGGACUCAGUCCGAUUCUCAAGUCACUUACGCGCUCUACGACAAGUGAUUCGAUAUGGGCACUGAGCACAUGGCUCCUCAUGAUGAACGUUGCCUUUUUCGACUACAGUGCAGGCACAGGCGCACAAUUACCAGCUUCGAUAUCCACGAAUUCGGCCAUGAUGGCGUCGGCUGUUCUUGCAUCACGCCUGCCAUCUACCACACACGUCUUCUCGCUGACCCUCUUCUCCAUCGAAAUAUACGGUCUAUUCCCAAUCUUCCGUCGCCAGCUCCGCGCUAGAUCUCCGUGGGGUCAUCUCGCCCUCACCAUCACUCUAGUAACCGGCGCGUGGGGUGGUCUUUUUGUCACCUUGACAGGUGGGGGUCGCAGUGCAUUCUUGGCAGGUGCGAUCGUAGGGGUCAUCCUCACCGUGUUGAGCAUGGGGGUCUGCAGUUGGUGGCUCAUCAGUCUCCAGAAGUACAAGAAUGAGAUUUAUGGUCCUUGGGAUCCAGCGAGGCCAAUCAUUCGGCGGCACUGGGAUUGA